ACCCCAGGUCGCUCUGUCCCCGCCACACUCUCAUCGCCCCCGCGCGUCCGGGAGCAGCCUCCCCGCCCCGCGCCGCUGCCCUAGGGCUCCCGGAUCCCGGCAGCCAGGGCCCCGCUGCGCCUGCUUCGCCCCAAGAGUCGUGUCCACUGGAGUCCCCCGGGCCAUGAGUCUCUGCGCUGUCCCCCGCCGCUCCACCGGCGCCGCUGCGGCGCUGGGGCUCGGUAGCCUCUUGAUGCUGCUCGGGCCGGGACGCGCGUGCCCCGCGGGCUGUGCCUGCACCGACCCCCACACCGUGGACUGCCGUGAUCGCGGGCUGCCCAGCGUGCCCGAUCCCUUCCCGCUGGACGUGCGCAAGCUGCUAGUGGCCGGCAACCGAAUCCAGCAGAUCCCCGAGGACUUCUUCAUCUUCCACGGAGAUCUAGUCUAUCUGGAUUUCAGGAACAACUCGCUGCGCUCGCUGGAGGAGGGCACGUUCAGCGGCUCCGCCAAGCUGGCCUUCCUGGACCUCAGCUACAACAACCUCACCCAGCUGGGCGCCGGCGCCUUCCGCUCGGCGGGGAGGCUGGUCAAGCUGAGCCUGGCCAACAACCACCUGGCCGGUGUGCACGAGGCCGCCUUCGAAAGCCUGGAGUCGCUGCAGGUGCUGGAACUCAAUGAUAACAACCUGCGCAGCCUCAACGUGGCGGCUUUGGAUGCACUGCCCGCGCUGCGCACUGUGCGCCUGGACGGGAACCCCUGGCUAUGCGACUGUGACUUCGCCCACCUCUUCUCAUGGAUUCAGGAGAACGCAUCCAAACUGCCCAAAGGCCUCGAUGCCAUCCAGUGCUCGCUGCCCAUGGAGGACCGGAGAGUGGCCCUGCGGGAGCUGUCAGAAGCGAGUUUUAGCGAGUGUAGAUUCAGCCUGUCCCUCACAGACCUGUUCAUCAUCAUCUUCUCGGGUGUGGCCGUGUCCAUCGCCGCCAUCAUCUCCAGCUUCUUCCUGGCCACUGUGGUGCAGUGUUUCCAGAGGUGCGCCCCUAACAAGGACACGGAGGAUGAGGAUGAUGACGAGGAUGACUGAGCCACCCCCCUCCUGCUCUUUGCUUUCCCAUACCCAGCUAGUGGUACCACUCCAAGGGAGACAGAGAUGCUGAAGACAGAAGCCUCCCAUCACUCCAGGCCGUGAAAGGGAUAGAGCUUGCCUAGGCACCUGCUGGGACAGCCGAUCCCAGAGCAUAGAAUCAGCAGAGUAGAGACAUGGGAAGGAUGGAGAGAUUCAUUCCUGAGCAGAGCCCACCUGCUGGGCUGCGGCAUUCAUGUGUGUGUGAAGAUAAUCAAGUCAGGCUUCAUAGCUUACAGCUUUACAACCUUCCCAAGCUGAUGUGAGAGCUCACACAGCGUCUGACCUCAGAGAUGUUUUUGCCGUUGUCAUUACCAGCUGUGCUGUGGACCAUGAGUCAUCUUCCCCCUAAAAAGACGGCAGAGCUCUCAGGGGGAGACUCAAGCUCAGCUCACUCUCCAGGGGAGCAGGGAUUCUUCUCCUUCACAAAAGGUCCCAGCAACUUUGGGAUGCUAGACCAAGAACAAGCAAAUGUACAUGCAAUAGAUAACGUCUGUGUCUCCCCUGCGUUGUGUUGACGCCCAAUACCCAGCAUGAAGAAUGUGAGAUGACUUGAGCCAGCAUCACUGAGCUGGCCUGGGUGCUGAUACCCAAGGCAGAGGUUCGCAAGAAGUUCCUGGGGGUAUUUUAGGGACCCACUGCGUCAGGGGCUUUUGAAGAGGUCCCUUUGGAUAUGACUUGGUCAUGAGAAUGGAUUCAUUUGGAGUGCAAUUAGUGCCCUGGUAAUACAAACUCCGGGGACCUUCCUGCUCCUUCACCAGGUGAGGACCCAGUGAGAGGGCAGCCAUCUGUGAACCAGGAAAUGGUCUCUCACAGGAACUCAACCGUUUUGGUACCCUACCCUCCAACUUCCAGCCUCCAGAACUGUGAGAAAUAAAUGUUUGUUAUUUAUAAACCCUCA